UGGGAAACGACCCGGGACCCGGGAGAGAGGAAAGACGUUUCCCGCCGGCGGGAGCUGCGGUUGUGGUGGCGGGGCUCGUAGCUCCGCAGCACCAUGGCGGACCAGCUUUAUCUGGAAAAUAUAGACGAAUUCGUCACGGACCAGAACAAGAUCGUGACGUACAAAUGGCUGAGCUAUACACUAGGGGUUCAUGUUAACCAGGCCAAACAGAUGCUAUACGAUUAUGUUGAAAGGAAGCGAAAAGAGAAUUCGGGAGCCCAGCUGCAUGUCACCUAUUUAGUGUCUGGCAGUCUCAUUCAGAAUGGACAUUCCUGCCACAAGGUUGCAGUAGUGAGAGAAGAUAAAUUGGAAGCAGUGAAGUCCAAGCUAGCGGUGACUGCCAGCAUCCAUGUGUACAGCAUCCAGAAAGCCAUGCUAAAGGACAGUGGGCCUCUGUUCAAUACGGACUAUGACAUCCUUAAAAGCAACUUGCAGAACUGCAGCAAGUUUAGUGCCAUACAGUGUGCAGCUGCAGUCCCCAGAGCUGCUGCUGAAUCCUCGUCUUCUGAAAAGUUUGAGCAGUCAAAUCUUCAGGUAUCAAGUGAGACACCAGCCAAUAAUGAGUUGACAACCAAUGGUCAUAGUCUACCUACCUCCAAACAGAUUUUCCAGCAGCCCAAAGGGAUAAUGGGAAUGUUUGCCUCUAAAGCUGCUUCUAAAACCCAAGAUGUCAACAAGGAAACCAAAACAGAGACUAAAGAGGUAACAAAUGUAUUUUCCACAGGCAACAAGGCACCAGGGAAAGGGAAUGUGAUGAGCAAUUUUUUUGGAAAAGCUGCUAUGAAUAAACUUAAAGUCAAUUUGGAUUCAGAACAAGCAGUGAAAGAAGAAAAAAUAGUGGAGAAACCUCCAGUGUCUGUCACUGAACCAAACCUGGCAGCCCCUACAGACCUGAAGAAAUCCAGCAAAAAAGCAGAGCCUGUUAAGAUGCAGCAGAAGGAAAAAAAAAGGGGGAAGCAAGUGGAGUUAUCUGAUGAUGAGACAAAAGAAACUGAAAAUAUGAAGAAAAAGAGGAGACGAAUCAAACUUCCUGAGUCUGACAGCAGUGAAGAUGAAGUCAUACCAGACUCUCCUGGGGAUUAUGAAGCUGAGUCACCAUCCCCACCUCCUCCUCCUUCUCCACCUCCGGAACCACUGCCGAAUACUGAACCAGAGCCUCCUUCUGUCAAGAGCUCAAGUGGAGAAAAAAGAAAACGAAAGCGGGUGCUUAAAUCGAAAACCUUUGUGGAUGAGGAAGGCUGCAUAGUGACUGAAAAAGUCUACGAGAGUGAAUCCUGCACAGAUAGUGAAGAGGAGCUUAAGAUGAAGACCUCCUCUGUACACAGAUCCUCUACUAUGACUGUGAAAAAAGAACCCAAAGAAGAACGGAAGGGCCCAAAGAAAGGGACUGCUGCUCUGGGCAAAGCCAACAGACAAGUGUCCAUUACUGGCUUCUUCCAGAGGAAGUGAACUGCCGACUCUGUUAAGUCAGAGACAUGGAGUGGUCAAAGGAGAAGACCAAGACAGACACACUCUCGCUUACUGUGUAAGUUCAUCUUGUGCUGCACCUUGCCUCUAUCAAAAGACUUCUUCCAUCCUGUGAGGUUUAUACUGUUUCUGGUUUUUAACCAAAGGGAAAGCACCUGGAAGCAAGAGGCAAAAGAAUAUUUAAGAAGCCGUUGUGUUCUAAGGACAUUUUUUUAAGCACAAUCUUUGGCCUGUUCUGGAGAAGAAUUCACUCCAAAAAUAAAUUGGAACAGGUUUCAGAAUUAUCACUGAAGCCAUUUAGUUGCUAAUUCACUGGGCCUUACCCAUUCUGUGCCCUGAGCACUUACGGCUGGGGAAGUAUUCUUCCUUGUUCCUUUGCAUUCUCUGGACUUGUGUGGGUCUUCAUUUAUCCCUGAUUUUUACUGGACAUGUUUACCACUCCCCCUAUAAUCCCUUCCCCACUACCAUACUUCUGUAUGAAGCCAUUUUCUGUAAGUCUUUUAAAUCUUGGUUGGACUAAAGGCUGAAACAAAAAUCUCCCUGUAAUCCUCUAAUCCUCUCUUCCUCCGUUAUAAAGUACACUGACUCCUGGCUACGGACCAGCACAUUGCUUGUGUUCUCCCCCUUUCACAAAAGCUCUCUGGACCUUCAUUUGCAAUUAGUAGGUAGGGAAAAGCCUCAGGCAGAGCACAAAUAGAAAUGUAAUGGUGUAUUCAACUCCAUCAGAAAUUACUUAGUGUCAGCUUUGAUGACGGUAGAGGCCUUGCCAUGUUGCUGACACAGGGCAUGCUUUACACUGCUCUUUGUGAUUUUUGUCUCCUCCCCUCUCCCACUCUCAAUAUCUAGAGAGUGAAACCCAGGCAAUGAAAUGGAGGCUAAAAAGAGAAAUCCCUUUCCACAUGCAGAGUACAAUAGUUAAGAAAAAUUUCUCCUUCUCGAGGAACCUGAAUGUUCAGAAACAGCAAUUUUCCAGGAAUGUAAUGGGGGAGAUAAAGCACACAUUUUUAUACAGAGGUUGUUCAUUUGUAUUUUUAACCCUCCCAUUUGCCUAAAAAUACGGGCUGCCACAAGAAAAGAGGGAGAGACAGAGUUGUUAAUAGGACUAAACAGCAAGUAAAACAUUUUCAUUUGUUACUUAUGGAAAAUCAUCUAUUCCAGUGAUAACUUUUAAGCAGUUUUCAUUAUGGCUGGAUAGUGAGCUCAGUGGAUUGAGGGGGUGUGGUGGUGAAUCCUGCACAGUGAGUUCCGGGCGAAGGAACGCAGGCUCAGCUGCUGGCGUUACUCACGACUGACAGACGAGAGAUGUCUAACUUAGCCUGCGUAUGUCGUGAUGCAGUCAGCCGUCCACUGUUUAAGAUUAGGAUUGCGACUGACCUUGUAUUAACGUGAAUGUCUUCAGCAGCCGUCACCCAGGGCUGUCUAGCCAGGCACCGUGUGGACUUGAUUGAGACCAGAAGUUUGGGAGAGGAGUCCUGGCAUUACGUCUAGGACUUGAGAAGGCAGAGGCUUUGUGUAGCAAGCAGAGUAAAGGCUGACAUAUUCCACAGCCCUUUCUUUUUAAAAUGUAAAAGGAUGGAAAGCCUUGACUUAUCUUUACCAAAAAACCUCUGGAGAGUGAUCUUUUUUAAAUGGUUAUUUUUGUCAUUGCCUCUAGUCAUUUUUCUACAAAUAAGAAUGGAAAAUUAAAGAAAAAAAAUCAGUCUAUCCUUUUUUUUUUUUUAAUUAUGCUGGCAGCUCUAGUAAAACUGAAUUUUGAAUUAGAAAAUUCUUGGUGGUGGUCGGAGUUCCACCUUUGAGAGGAUGAUGCAAAUCCUGUGAUCACUCUACCCAUUUUGCUGCCUAAACUCUGAGCUGUCUCCCAGGCUUAGGAAGGAGUAAAGUGGUGGCCUUUUUUUUUCUUUUUAUACAAAACUCUACCAUGUUCUCCACAGGAGUUAAAUAAAUUCGAGAAGUUGUGUUAAAAGAGUGCUUCAAAUGGAAUGUCUGCUGAGGCUGUUACUUGACAGGACGGCAGGAGUGUGUGCAGUUAUCUCAACUCUGAACAGGAACAAGGCUGGUUUUCAGUUUAUAUUGUUAAAACUGCACACCCGUAGUCUGAGAUGAACAAGUUAUUUGCUGCCUUCAUCAUUUUUUAAACCCCACGGGAAAUCUUAGUUUCAGCCAACAUCAAUUUUUAGUUCGUUUAGGAGAAAAUGUAGUCCUGAUCUUGCACAUUGUAUUAGUUUGGCUUCAUCACUUGCUAGCCACGUGACCUUGGGCACAUUUCUAAGCCUCAGGUUCUUUGUCAAAAUACAGCUAAAAUGAGGUACGAUGGAUUGUCAAGACUGAAGAAAUGUGUCUAUAUGUCUCAAUUUGGUGUACAAGUAGUAGCACGUAGAUGCUCUACAAUUGGUGGCUUCCUUCCUGAUGUGAGAAAUGACGCAGUCAGCUACCAGCUUUCCGAAAUGUUAUCAAGGAUAGGAGCCAGAUGUUAGACGCUUUCAAAGUCAUCAUUCAGGCUAUAAGUGUGAUCAAACGGAGAUGAUAAUCGUCCAAUUUUAUGAAACAUUUUCGAGAAUAGAUACUUUUCUUUUGAAAGAAAGAAUCCUUGGCUGUAUUUACUGUUCAUGAAAACGUGUAUGUGUAUCUACUAUGCGUCAGGCCUCUCUGACCUGGGCACAAGAGGCUAUGUAUAGUAGAGUUCUAUGCUUGUCUACAGGAUCUAGUGGAAGAGACAAGCCAGUAAAAUGAAAUUAUAACGUCCCAUGGUGAAUGCAGUGACAAAUGAGCACAGGGUUCUCUGAGAGCCCAGGAGGCUGGACAUUCUUUCUGGAAGAGAGAAAGCUAAGCACAUAUUUGAAGGAUGAGUAGGAUUUUACCAAGCAAAGAGGAAUGGAGAAGAUUUUCUAGGCAGAGGAGCAUGGCUUUGGGGGGAAAUGGUUGGUAGACUUUGGGAGUAGGGAGGAAAUGUAUUGAGAAAUAAAGCUGGGGUCCUGCUAAGGAGUUUGGAUUUAUUUGAAGACUGUGAGGGCCAACUGAAGAAUUUUAAGAAGAGGAAUAACAUUAGAAGUUGAUUGUCAUUUAAGAAGACAGCUGGCAUUUUCUUUGAUUUUUGUAUGCCAUGUAGAGAGUCUCUCUACCCACACACACACAUUGUAUCUUGGUUCUAGUACUACUAAAAUUAAAGUUUUAAUGGGAUUAAAGAAAAAUGUCAGUGUUAAAACGAGGCUGCUUAAUUCUGGCAGUCAGUGUAGACAUUUGCAGUAUUUCCCUUGUCUUCCCCCAUCAACACAGAUUUCUCUAGCAGGAGUCAUUUCAGUUUUUUA